AUGACUGCACUCCUUCUCUUUGAGACGACCGCAUCCUGCCCCCUGGAGUCUGAUCCUUUCUCCUCGUCUUUCCUGCUAUUCCAUGACUGCCAAGACUGCGCCACCUUCGAGCGAGCGCCCAGCGACCCCAUACACCGUGUCCUGUACGGCGAACACGGUACCAGCUUUGAUCAGGAGAUCCUCUCAAGACCCCUGCCUCCCGAAGGCAUCGAAGCGAUACCCCUUGCUCCUGCGCAUUCCAGAGGCUCCUCGCCCUCGCCUGUCCCGCAAGCGCCUCGCUCUGGCUCCUCCUCGUGGACCGAGUCGCGCAAAGCAUCCCACAGCCUCUCCUGCCGCAGCAAGACCAAGCUCACUAUCGCCGAGAAGCUCGCCAUCGCUCAAGACCAUGAGUGCAACCGCACCCCGCAGGCUGUGCUGGCGGCUCGCUACGGCAAGAGCAAGUCUGCCAUCUCCAAGAUCCUGCGGCCGGAGAACAUCGCAAGGCUGCGAUCGAUUCACAGCGUGGGGGUGGAGGCCUCGCAGAGCUGCUGUGCGAGGACUCACAACUUGGAGCUGGAGCGAAGGCUGCACGAGUUUGUGGAGGCGAACCUCGACGACAAGCAGUGGAGGAAGCAGACCCGCAAGAGGGCAGGGGAGAUCGCGAGAGAGCUGGGGGUGGAAGGGUUUGUGGCGAGCAAGGGGUGGUGCAAUCGUUUCAUCAAGCGGCAUGGUUUCGAGCGUUGA